AUGAGGUUACAAGAAUUCAAGAAAGUAAAUGAAUACAACUCAGCUUUGUUCACAAUAUGUUCACAACUCAAGUAUUAUGGACAAGAAGUUACUCAUGAAGAUAUGUUGCAGCAAACUUACUCUACGUUUCAUGCAAUAAACAUUACCUUGAUGAGACAAUAUCGGUUGAAAAAGUUCACAAAAUAUUUUGAACUGAAUGCAUGCCUGCUUGUUGCAAAGCAAAACAAUGAGCUCUUGAUGAAAAACCAUGAAUCUCGUCCAACGGGAUCAGUAGCACUUCCUAAAGGAAAUGCUACAAAUAUUGAUGGUCAUCGAAGCAAUACAUGUGGACAAGGACGUGGUCAAGAACGAGGCAGUGGCUAUUUUAAUCGAAACCAAAGCCAUAAUUAG